AUGGCGACCAUCGCACAGUCCGCGGUCUUGGUCCCCAGCGCGGCUGAAAUCGAUCUUGACUUUGCCGACCAUCACGCAAGCGACGCCACCGACGAAAAGCCGCGUCACACGCACAAGCCGCAGCUUAGUGUCAGCGGCCCUAAGGGAAACUUUGGAGACCUAGAGCAUCUUUUGCGGUGCUACCCGUCGCUGGGCUUCCAGGCCAGCCAUUAUGGUCAGGCGGUGGAACUCGCGCGGAAGAUGAUUGUGAAACAGCCACCGUCCUCGAUUUACCUCAUUCGAGAUGGCGAGUUCGUGAAGGUGGAACCGGAGGAGCCCGCGGAAGGGGGAGACCGAGGGACGGGGUGCCGCGAAGCCGUGCGGUUUCUGGUGCAGGAAGGCGUUGUCCCACGGGCAGCCGUCGACCCGCAGACUCGCCAAUCCUCCGCAGAGCUCAGCUUUGCGGCGCUGAAGCGCGACUUUGGUGGCUACGCUGCAAAGAUUCUCUUCCCGAAUGAGGCUCCCACUGAGGGACGAGUGGAUUCGCAUCCGCCUCGCGGCCCAUACAAGAGCUUUCUUUCUGCCCUCGUCUUGGCUGGCGGCGGUCCAGAGCACGACAUUCGCCGUGCUUGCCAAUCUUACAGGGUGGACCAUUACGCCAGCGAACCUCCACGGCCGCAAAACACGUCAAAGAAAAGCGCGGGCGCUGGCAAGAAGACGCAGCAGCGGUCACCGAAAACAAAGACAGACCGCAGCAACGCACCGCUGUCGCGAUUUGGCAACGUCCUUUAUGCGUCCUCGGCCUCUCCGCAAGCCUCGUUCUUUGACACGGUUAUGCAAACGUUUGUCCAGCUCCUCUGCCAGCGACAAGCCGACCAAAAGGCGGCGUACCAGGCGGCACCAGAGCAGACGCGGACGAACGCGCGCCUGGAUGGGACCGCUUACUGCUCCUGGUCCACAACGCCCAGUGAGGUGUGGGCGCUUGCGGGUCUGUGGCUCGAGGACCUCUUCACCUUCGCCCUCGCCACCGCCGCGCACACCGCCAAGACGAGAGGGAAAGCGACGUCUACCCCGCUUUGCGAAAAGCAGGAAAGCAACGGUGCGGUGCACGUUGAUCCUCAGGACGGUGUGGCGGCCGCCACAAGCAAAACCGAUGCGUUUCGGCCCGAGGCAAGGCGCCUGGCGGAGAGCACGGUGCUCUACUGGGCGGCGCGGCAGGAAGUGCCAGUGUACUGCCCAUCCUUCGCCGAUGGCGACAUUGCCAAGUACCUGUAUCAACACUACGCCAGCACGAAGGCGAGCCCACAGGGAGGCACCAUGCUUAAAGUCGACUUGGUGCGUGACAUUCACGGUAUCAAUCGCCUGGCCAUGUACAGCAAGCGCAGCGGCAUGCUCAUCUGUGGCGGUGGAUCGGUCAAGCACCAUGUGUGCAACGCCAACCUGAUGCGGAACGGCGCAGACUACACGGUGUUCAUCUCAAAUGGACAAGAGUUUGACGGCUCCGACGCGGCGCGCCAGGCCAGAGGAGGCGGUGUCGUGGGGUAA